UAAUCUCUUGCUUCUCUCCAGACCCCGUUUGUCACCAAGCAGCCGAGAUCCUCCGUAUUAUGACACCAUACCAUUCCGUGUACAUUGGUUCUUCCCCGUAUACUUGGCAAUACUACUUAUUACUCUUCCAUCCUCAUUCACGCCUUCUUUCCAACUUUCGACAUAAUCUUCUACUCGUUGAAUCUUGAUUUCCCCGGGUGAAAAGUAUAGUUUUAUCCUUGCACUGCAAGCUCCAACUGAUCAAAGACUGUAAAUAAUAGUAUGUCUCUAACUAGUGUCACUCGCGUCGUAUCCAAAUCCAUCCUCGGCGCUUCCUUUACUAGCACAACUCGCAGGCUUACCACUACCGUUCCCAGAUUUGGUAGAAUGCCUCCUCCUGCUCACAAGAUGGCCCACUUCCCGAGGAUCACAUCCUCUCUUCCCUCAGAACACUCUGAGUUUAGAACAGUGAUGUGGACGGGCGAGAGCAGUCAACUUGUCCUCAUGACUAUCCCUGUCGGAGGAGAAAUAGGGGAAGAAAUUCACCAUGUUGACCAACACUUGGUUUUCACCUCUGGUACUGCCAAGGCCAUUGUUGGAGGAGAAGAAAAAGAGAUCAAGGCUGGAGAUCUUGUCAUCGUUCCUCAGGGUACCAAGCAUAACUUCGUCAAUACGGGCCCUACCCCUCUUUGCCUUUUUACUGUAUAUGCUCCGGCCGAGCAUGCCGAGACAACAGUCAACAAAACGAAGGAGGAAGGGGAUAAAUUGGAAGACGAGGGCAAGGAUGAGCCUCCAAAGUGGGCAGUUAGGAAGUAGAUGAUAGAAUAAAUUAUCGUUCGCGAGCGUGGAUUUAGUGGUUCGCUAUGUAAAGAAAUCAACGUUACACAUUUUGAGAUCAGAUGCAUAGCGACGCUAAAAAAUC